AUGAACCCCCUGGAAGGCGAGCCAACUUGGACCACGAUCACCCGUGGAAUAGACAUUUUCUAUACUAGGCCUGUCCUAGGGUCUGAGCUAGCUACUGACCGCUUCAGCGUGGCUGCAGACGGGACCGGUGAUCCUUGCCAUGGCUUCACAUUCCAUUCUCGCUUAUCCCUAGAGGAGAUAGAAGAACGUUUGCUCAAUGCGGUUGCACAUCUCAGAUUUGCAAGCCCUCUCGUUGCAGCCAAUCUAGAGACUGGGAUACAUGAUCAUAUCUUUAGAUCCUGGGUCUAUGCGCCGGCGAAAUCUGCUGUGGAGGUACUCGAGUGGUCCCGGAAGGUUGUAGUUGUCGUUGGGCCCACAACCUCUGAGGAUUUCAUCAAGACUACUGUCAAGAACCAGGUGCCUUACACGCAUUUUGACGGCAGCAUAAUUCUUCUUCAUUACUACCUAUUCCCGAAUGCCGGGGAACCAGGCAUAUUCUCUUUGUUCGUACACGGCCCGCACACCAUACUGGAUGGGAUACCCACCAUCGCCGCAUUCUCGAGCAUAUUUGAAUGGAUGGCAAACCCUGAACGGGAGCCGGUUGAUUCCUUACAGUGGGGCCGUGAGUGGCAAAACCUGCCACCAGGCCCAGUAACGGCUACCGGAGGACCAAGACCUGAGUGGAAGACUAAAGGCAUGGCCCUCGUCAAUCAAAUAUUCUCUAUGCAUACGAACCCUGUGCCUACACUUGUUGUCCAGCCCGAGCGUACCGAGAUUCAGAACCGAGGGGCGUUGAUCCGAUCACAAGUCGUCAUCGAUGAAGAGCGUACUGCUCGAGUUCUUCAAGCGGUCAAAGUCGCGGGCUACAGUGUGUCCCAUCUGUUCGAGGCGGCACACUUCCUAGCUGUCUUGUCACAUAAUCGUGUUGGCUCUACAGUACUCGAUAACGCCCAUGUCACCAACUACAUGUGCAUAUUUGGCUUGCAGAGGUUUCAAUUGCCUCCAUACAACUCGAAAAAUUCGUUCACGUCGGCAAUGUCAUACGCGCCUGUUACUCUUCGUGUCAACGAAGUCCUUGCAUGCGAAGAUCCUCGAGAACGCCUGCUCAUUGCUCUUCGGCAAGUGAAAGAGCAAUUCGACGGCUACCUCGCAAACCCUCACCUUCCACACGCGACCGCCGCCGUCGUAACACUCGUUCCACCGCACGACAUUGCGGUUUCGUCGAAUCCGUACACGAGCGUGAUAACUAACCUUGGCGUCGUCGACCGACUCAUAACCUCGAACUGGUUUCCGGAUAACACUGUACCACCACGUGCCGCGCUAUUCGAGAUUAUGUCUAUGUCUGUUGGACACAGACUGACGAACAUGAUGCCGCUUACGCACACGUGGUCAUUCCACUCCAAGUUAUUUAUCCAGACAGCAACGCCGGACAACUGGGACCACAGUACCGUACAGGCAUUCGUAGAGGAAAUAACCCGGCAGGCAUUGUACAUCGUUGCGGAGUAAACAUGUUGAUUUUGGGCAGCGGGCGCCGGUCGGCGGCCCGGGGAGUAGACUCAUAUAGAUGUAUAAGUGGAUUCGGAAUCUUGAUCUGAUGGUUUGGGCGUCGCGCAGUGAUUCACGGCAUGAAAGACACUCCGCAUGCGAAUUCUUCCACC